AUGGUUCAGUUUAAAUUUAUGGCCCUCGCCGCCCUCGCCGUCACUGCCGUCACGGGCAAGAUCUCGGUCCAAGUACAUCGCAACUUGGAAGUCGCCAAGCAGUCGAACGUCGUGGUGAAAUUUCACUGUCACGAGGCCCUCGCCACCCACCGCCGCCGACUCAAGGGCGGCGCGUCUCGCACCGAAACCAUCGAGUCGCUGGUUAAUUCGUUGAAGGAGCACACCACCACGUCUCAGGCGUCGGUCAAGUCGCUCCUGGCCAACCAAGUUGAAUCAACGGCUGUGGAAGUGGUCUCGACAUGGAUCGACUGUUCCUUGUACAUCGACAACGCCCCCACCAACCUUGUCCAGAAGAUCGCGGCGUUGCCGGAAGUGAAAUCCAUUUACGAGCCAGUUGUGAUGGAACUCAGUGAAACCAAAAGCGAUGACAAACCAGCCAGUCCUGUAUAUGAUGUCAUCGAAUGGGGGAUCAAGAAAAUCCAAGCGCCGGCGCUGUGGGCCAAUAACAUCAAGGGCGAAGGCAUUGUCGUGGCCAACAUCGACACCGGUGUUCGCCAUACCCAUGAGUCGUUGGAGUCGAACUGGCGACAGGAAUACGGUUGGUUCGACUUGUACAACAAGACGAACCAGCUGCCCACCGACCCGAUGGGCCACGGCACUCACGUCAUGGCCACCAUGGUGAGAACGCAAGGUAUUGGUGUCGCCCCCAAGGCCAAGUGGAUUGCGUGCAAAGGGUGCAAGGGCACGUGCAAUCAACGUAUGGUGGUCGAAUGCGCUCAAUUCCUACUUUGUCCCCACGACAAAGAUGUUAACAACUGCGACUCCAGCAAGGCCCCUCAUGUGAUCAACUUUGGCAAGCACCGCAGGGAGUUUUGGUUGGAAGUUAUGAUUACAAUGUGGAGAGAAGCGGGAAUUAAUCCCGUGUUUGCGAAUGGCAACAACGGCCGUGAAAGUUGUGCGUAUUCAAGUUAUCCUGCUGCGUCCCCUCAAGUGAUUGCUGUCGGCUCCACUAACUCCAGGGAUUUUUUGGAGAUUGAUUCAAGUUUGGGACCUUCCGCAGCAAACCCGACAUUUCUGCUUCUGGUGUCCGAAUCCGUUUCGCAGCAAGCUUCAGUGACGAUGGUUUUUUCGACGAGAUAUGGCACGAGCUACGCCGCGCCUCAUGUUGCUGGAGCCAUCGCCCUGACCGAGAAUCUGGACACGGACACGUUAACUCCGCCCAACAAGACCUGCGGUGGCAUUCCCAACACGAAAUAUCCCAACAACCUCUUUGGCUACGGCCGCUUGAACAUCUUCAAGGCUGUGGCUCCUGGCAUCCCCGGCUUGACUCUUCCCCCGCCAUCUAACUCCACCCAAGCCCUCAACCCGACCAUUGAGCUAACCACGUGUGGCAUCGUGGAAGACAACACGCACUAUGUUAGCGGCGACUUCGCUUCGACCAAUCAGGUGACUGCUGAAUCCUGCUGCGCUGAAUGUAAAAAGACACCGGGAUGCAAACUGUUUGUGUGGUAUACCCUCGACGGUGGUAUAUGCCGGCUCAAACGCACCCUAGGCCAAAAGGUGGCUGUGGAAGGAGCCAAGGCUGGCGUGCUACCAGCCCCAGCCUUGGCACGACCGCCGUUGUUUUAG